AUUCGAAAAAAAGAAAAAACCGUCGGCGACCACCGUAACAGCAGCACCUCCGGCCAGCGAAAAUCUUCAAUCAUCAGUUUCCACCGUUACUUAUUCACCACUGUUAUGUGAAUCUCCAGUAAAUCGUUUUUCACCACCGUAAAUAAUUGUCAUGUGUGAUAGGGUUUCAAUUAGUAGCAAGAUUUUUGGGCCAUCAAUUCGGAAGUGUUACGCGAAUCGAUUUGGGAGAAACAAGGAUUCAAGACUUAAUUCAAGGAAAGGAAUACCGAAAGAAUGGAGAAGUCCUACAAGAUUAUACGGUUAUCCGGUGAAUCCAGUUACAGGGUCAGUCCAGAAGCAAAUCGUGAAUGCACUUUACUUGGGAGAAAGAGGGAAGGCUUCGUCUUUGCUGUCUCAGAUUGGGUGCAAGAAACAUAUGUUGAGUGCUAAUCAUUUCGUUCAAAUUCUUAAAUAUUGUGCAUUGACGCCUGAUCCUCUGUUUGUGAUGGAGAUUUGGAAAACUAUGGAGGAGAAAGGAAUUGAUAUGAACAAUAAAUGUCAUGCUCUUAUGAUCCAAGCUCUCUGCAAAGGAGGUUACUUAGAUGAGGCAUUUAACUUGAUGUAUAAUUGUGCUGAAACUCAAUAUCUUUAUCCUACUCUGCAAAAAUAUAACACCCUUCUGGGAGCUUCUAUAAGGAAGCAGAGUGCAAGUCAUACCAGUAAAUGUUUAGACAUGAUGGAUCAUGACAUGAUGUGGAAGGAUGAAGUAACUUAUAUCGAGCUUCUCCAGCUUGCAGUUAUGCAGAAAAAUCUCUCUGCAGUUCAUAGUAUCUGGAAGGAAUAUGCGAAAUAUUAUAAUUUCAACCUUAUCUCUCUAAGAAAAUUUGUUCUGUCCUUUACGAGAUUGGGAGAUUUGGAAACUGCUCUUGAAGCUUUACGGCAUUUGGUGACUGUAGCUUUCCAGGGUAGAUUCACAGUCAAGAUAACUGCUGAAGAAAAAAUGGUCAUUCCAAGAUUUGAUAUACCGAUACCCUUUUUUAGUAAUUUUGAAUGGAGCAGACCUAAAAAGGAUAGUAUAACUGCAGUUCCUUCCAUAUAUGAAAUGGGUACUGGAGAAAACAACAUGGACAAUCAAAAAGUUUCUGUGUUUGACUUUAAUGAAGUAAGAAGUGUUGGAAUGGUGGUUGGGAAUGCAAAAAAUAUUCCUGUUAUGAGGAUCUUGAGGCUGUCCUUCACUGAUGUUAUACAUGCUUGUGUACGACCUAAAAACCAUGAGCUUGCAGAACAAUUGUUCUUUCAGAUGCAAAAUCUUGGCAUUGAACCAUCACGUGGUGCAUAUGAUGGUCUUAUUAGAGUGCUUGUUAAACAGAGAGGUUUGCAGGAUGGCAUGGAAGUGUUAAAGUUGAUGCAACAAAAGAAUAUAAAGCCACUUGAUUCUACUUUGGCAGCAAUAUCAGUUGGUUGCAUCAAAUAUUUGGAACUGGAUUUGGCCGAGGCAUUCUUGGAUCAGAUGUCCAAAUGCACUAGUGCACGUCCUUAUAAUAAGCUGCUUGAAGCAUGUGACACACUGGAUCAACCUGAAAGGGGUGUUCGUGUAUUUGGUAAAAUGAAGCAGUUGAAAGUAGCUCCAAAUAUCAGAACAUAUGAGUUUCUAUUUUCAUUGUUUGGCAACGUGAAUGCUCCCUAUGAAAAUGGAAAUAUUUUGUCACAAGCAGAGGCUGCUAAAAGGAUAAAACUUAUUGAGGAUGAUAUGAUGAGAAAUGGCAUUCAACACAGUUAUUUAUCAAUGAGGAACUUGCUGAAGGCACUUGGGUCAGAGGGAAUGAUAAGCGGGCUCUUUGACUAUUUGCGUCGGGCAGAAAACCAAUUUACCCCUGGAACCCCAAUCUACAACAUAGUGUUGCAUUCACUUAUCGAGGCGAAUGAGGGUCAAAUGGCGAUACAUGUAUUCAAAACUUUGAUGGCGGGUGGUUAUUGUCCGAAUGAUGUAACCUUUACCAUAAUGAUCGACUGUUGUGCCAUUACCGGGUCUUACAAAUCUGCUCUGGGUUUGACUGCCUCGAUGUUUCGUCAUGGUUAUCCACCACAAGUGCAAACUUAUACUGCUCUUGUUAAGCUAGUGUUGGCAUUGGGAGAUUUUGAUCAAGCUUUGGUUCUUCUGAACCAAGCCUGCAUCGAAGGAAUCCACCUUGAUGCAUUGUUGUUCAACACAAUUCUCAGAGAAGCAUCAUGGAAGGAUAGAAUAGACAUAAUUGAAUUUGUCAUGGAUCGUAUGCACAAAGAGAAAGUGACGCCUGAUCCUGAAACCUGUGGCUAUGUUUUCUCUGCAUAUGUGGAUGGUGGUUUCUACAACACGGCCAUGGAAGCAUUACAAGUUAUGAGUAUACACAUGUUUUCCUAUGAAGAAAUUGAUGAAGAAAAGAAAAUGGUGUUUGAGAAGGAGUUCAUUUAUGCAGAAGACUCGGAAGCCGAGUUCAGGACUUUGGAUCUCUUCAAGGAUUCCGAGGAAAAUCUUUCAGUUGCCCUAUUGAACUUGAGAUGGUGUGCCAUGAUGGGAAGCUCGAUUUCAUGGUCGACCAAUGAGAGCCAGUGGUUCAAGAGACUCUCAGCUACAAACUAUUCUAGAUAACGUGUUGACUCUCAAGUCAAAUUUCAAAGGUACACUCCUCUACUACCCAGUUGUGAAAGUAGCACAUUAGUGGUGACAUAUGUCGUUGAUAACGUGGCAUGCCAUAGCUCAUUCUUAACAAAAGCUUCAAGAUGUUAGCCAUUGCUCCAAAAAGAUCAUGCACUUCUAUCUAGUCAAGUGCUUCAAGUUUUGUUUGUAUUUAAGGAACAACAACGUAAUCUGAUAUGUAGUUAGAGUUGACACUGGUUUUAGCUUCAACUAGUUGUAGAGCCAAGUUCGUAUAUUUAUACAAAUCCAUGUUAUUGGUUGUGCUUGGUUUUGUUCUGUAAAGCACUAAAGCGGCUACUUUAUUUGGGUUAAAAUAUGUUCUGCACAUUUUGUGUAACUUCAAAGGAAGUUCAAUAAUAUUGGAGGUACCCAAUAAUAUUUAUUGUUAUGUA